AUGUCUGGAGAUGGACUUGCAUUGAAAAAAGUCCUGUUGUCCGGGGGCAGCGGCUUUGUGGGUGCCGCUAUCGCCAGAGCACUUGUCGAGAAACAUCCCCAAUGUUCCCUGACCAUCAUCGACUUGAACCCUCCUGGGUCUACUCAUGUUGUGCCGGAGGGUGUUUCCUUUUUCCGGGUUGAUGUCACCAACAAGGAAGAAGUUCGCCAGACAAUUCAACAGAUCAAGCCAGACAUUGUGAUUCACACAGCCGGGAUUGUCCCACGCGUCAGCGAGCGAUUCGCUAGAAGAUUAGAAGGUCUCACUCAAAAAGUCAAUGUCGAGGGAACCAGGAACAUGCUGGAGGUGGCGAAAAUGAGUGGAGUCAAGGGCUUCAUUUACACCAGCACUUGCUGCGUUGUGACCGACUAUCUCGACAUGCCGUUUCCGAACAUCGACGAAAAAUGGCCGGCGUCUCGUUCGUCACUGAUAUAUGGCGAAUCAAAGGCUGCUGCGGAGUCGCUGGUUAUCAAGGCUAACGACGCGAUGGCUACCUGCUCCCUCCGGCCUUCCGUGCUAUGCGGACCCGGCGACAGCUUGCUUGUUCCUUCGAUUCAUGCAUGCAUUGCCAAGCGCGAAACUCCUUUUGUCAUCGGGGAUGGGUUCAACCUAUGGGACGUCACCUAUGUCUCUAACGUUGCAGAUGCCCACGUCUUGGCUGCCGAGAACCUGAUGUCGUCAAGGACUGCCGCCGGCGAAGUCUUCUUCAUUCAGAACAACGAGCCAAUCACUUUUAGGGACUUUUGCCUCUCUGUAUGGGCUCACUUUGGCCAUAUCCCACCUUUUGAACUUCCAGUUCCCAGGGCAUUAGCCUACUUCGCGGGUUUGAUGUCUGAAUGUUUGACCUGGGUCAUGGGGACAACAGCUACUCUGAGCCGCGGCAGUGUUAAAGAUGCAUGUUCCGUUCGCUAUGCUAGUGGAGAAAAGGCAAAGAGAAUUUUGGGAUACGAAGCUCGUAUUGGACUGGAAGAUGGCAUUCGCUUGAGCUGUGAGGAUUAUGCCCGGCGUCUAGGCGUAAGCUUACCGGCUCAGAAGCAAUCCGAAAAGGAAGAAUAG